GUCCGGAGAGCAACAAGAUUUUAUCAUUAGGAAAAAAACAGACGGCUGAAUUUUCGAGAGGCAAAAAAAGAUAUACCCGCGCACCACGUCAAAAAUGUUCGCCGAUUUUGAGUCCGUCAUGUCGUCCAACUUCACGAUGGACGACUGCCCGCACAUCGGUCCCUUCACCUACCACAACUUGCAGGACACGCAGCGCGAGGAUCCACUGACCGCCAUGUGCUCCUACCGUCGGGGCCCGCAGCGACGCGACGACGACGAGUCGCCCGACUCGUGCGAAAAGGUGACGGCCGACCCGCUCGACUCUAGCCGCCAUCUGCAUGGCGAGAACCGCGCCUGGACGCUGGCCGGGGCGUGCCCGGUACCUCGGGCCAUCCCGAAGAUGGACGUGAAGAAGGGCACGACCACUCUCGCCUUCCGCUUCAACGGCGGCAUCAUCGUCGCUGUCGACUCCCGUGCGUCUACGGGGCAGUACAUCGCGUCACAGACCGUGAUGAAGGUGCUGGAGAUCAACGACUACCUGCUGGGUACGCUGGCCGGAGGUGCGGCGGACUGCCAGUACUGGGAGCGUGUGCUGGGCAUGGAGUGCCGCCUGUGGGAGCUGCGCAACGGCACCCGCAUCACGGUGGCUGCCGCGAGUAAGAUCUUGGCGAACAUCACGUACGCGUACCGUAACCACCAACUCUCGAUGGGCACCAUGGUGGCGGGGUGGGACCAGUUCGGUCCCUCUCUGUACUACGUCGACGACAAGGGCUCGCGCGUGAAGCAGGACCUCUUCAGCGUCGGCUCCGGCUCCAUCUACGCGUACGGUGUACUGGACACGGGCUACCGCAAGGACCUUUCGGUGGAAGAGGCGUGCGAUCUGGCGCGCCGCUCGAUCUUUCACGCCACUUACCGUGAUGGCGCCUCGGGUGGUAUUGUCACCGUCUACCACGUGCAUGAGAAGGGCUGGACGAAGAUCUCGCGCGACGAUCAGACGAAGCUGUACGAGCGCUAUUUCCCUGCGCGGUAA